GGAGCUCCAAGAGGCCUCCAAAAGCUCCCAAGAGGCCCAUAAGGACCCCCCUCCGUAGCCAUUUUGGCUCAAGCCAUUUUGGUUCAAGUGGCCAUUUCGGGCCUAGAGGCUAUCGUCGCUCGUUUGCCAAGCACCCCAGACCUGUGCAAACGAACCGAUCGGAACAUUAGACGAAUGGCGGAACGCAGAUUGUUCCCCGUAGUGUGGUUGCUCUUCAUUGUUGUUGUUGUUGUUAUUUCGUUCGCAUGCUCGUCGCGUGAUGGUUCCAUUCGCGCGUAUAUAUUCGCAGUCAGUAUCAGGGUCUCGCGGACCAUUGCGCGCCCGCUUUCAUCGAUGCAGAGCGAAGGAGUCCCAGGUGCUGGGUGCACAGGCCCCAGGGAGAGUGCAUUGCAUGGCGCGAGCCAGUCGAGCAGCUCAGGGUGCACUGAAGUGAUUCCGCAUGGUCGCAAGGUGCUUUUGUAUGGCGCUAUGGGUCGGCACAAUUUCGGUGAUAUGCUGAUGCCGUGGAUCGUGGAAACGAUGCUGCAAAGACGCUACAGUUUCUGUCCCGACGAUUUCUUGCAUGCUGACGUUGCAGGCGCCGAUAUGCGGGCGUAUGGCGGUCAUCUUGUCAUCGGCGUUGGUUCUUUGUUCUCCAACAUGUACAAUGGCUCUCUCGAUGUGAUCUUUUGUGGAGGGGAAACUCUCCAUGACUUGUCGCUCGAUAGUGCGCUGGGUUUUUUUGGAGGUGGUUUCAAAGCUUGCAAUCGGGGCGACUUCAUGCACAGAGGCCGCAGCCUUUCCUACUUGCUGCCCAAGGACAAGUUUGCCAAACCUGGCUUGUUCAUCGCCAACACAAUUGGAGGUGUAGGCACCUCAAUAAUCAAUCAGAGCUGGUUUGACCAUUGCACGCUCCGCCAAAAUCUUCAUCGGGCUGGCUACGAAGACUGCCUGGUGGCCCCAGACAGCGUGAUCAUGAUCAACACUUUGUUUGGCGAAUCCAUAUCUCUUCGCACAAACGGCCUACCAAUGGGGAGAUAUUUCGCUUGGCAGUUCAGGACGGAAGUUCACUUUGACGAUGGAUUUGUUGAUGCUAUUUUGGCAGCGGCGAGAACGAACAACGCCAGCAUCGUCAUGUUCCGAGCAGGCGCUGCGCCUGGCCACGAUGCUCUGAAGCCGUAUGAGGCUAUGAAGUCCAGGCUUGAAAACACAGACUCUUCAAUUGCUGUGACCAUAUUCGAUGGGCUCAACAUUUGGGAUAUAAGUGCUUUAAUAUCCAGAGCAACGCUUUUGAUUUCCACAAGUUUGCACUGCCGCAUCAUCGCUUUCUCCUUCUAUGUGCCUCGCGUGACAGUUGUUCUGGCGCCGAAUGGUAACAUCGGGCAAAGCAAGCACUUCGCAUUCAUGAAGGACUGGGACGGGGACUGGGAUUACAGUCACGAUGCUUCGGAUGCGCGAAUUGGCCUUUCAAUCCAAGAAGCUCUCCGGCCUUCGAGUAAGGUUGUCUUCGACAACAGCACGCGACGGGGCGUCGGCAUAUACGAGAAUGUAUUCAAGACGUGGGCUGACAGCCUCCACAAGGGUUGGAAAUCGCAUGGCAGGAGUGGACGCCAGUGAGAACAAUACGGACCGACAUGUUCAUGGUUUGGAGUGCGCAUUCUUGCCAUCUGUCUCAUCACCAUACAUACGUAAUUUGGAGUGACUGUAUUAUUAGUGGGGAAACAAUGAGGCCCAUAAGGACCCCACAAGAGGCUUCAAAGUCGCUCCCAU